AUGCCUCCUUUGGAUUUGAGAGGCCAGUUCGGACCCAACGGCGCACUCUACGACGGAUGGGAAUCCCGUCGCCAUAACCCAGACCACGACUGGUAUGCCGAGCUCUCGUGCAGUUGGUGCGAGCUUUUGCCGGUCGUUCCAUUAGGCCCAUCCGCCAGACAUUUGUUCAAGAUUCCAGAGACAGGGAAAGGUUAUCGCUACUUGAAACUAACUAUCAUCCCUGAUGGCGGGGUUGCCAGAUUCAAAGCGUAUGGCAACCCGAUCCCAGUCUUCCCUGAGGGACGGUUCGACCUUGCCUCAGUCUUACUCGGCGCCAGAGUCGUCUUCACCUCCGAUCAACACUACGGCGUCGGCUCGAACCUCAUCUUGCCCGGGCGUGGGCCCAAAAGUAUGGAUGGCGGCUGGGAAACUAAACGCAGUCGGAAACCGGGCCAUUCUGAUUUUGUGAUCAUCAAACUAGCCGAUACAGGAUGUCUCGAUUAUGCUGAAAUUGAUACAAAUUAUUUUAUCGGCAAUUUUCCUCAAAUGGUUGAUUUACAUGCUACCGUUUCCGAUCAGAUCGUUCCGGAUCCUAAUUCGAAAUGGACCGAGAUCCUCUGCAAAUCUAAAUUGGGGGCCCACCAGCAGCAAUACUUCGAGCUUUCGAAUCCGCAAGCAAGCUUUACUCAUGUGCGAAUGACAAUCUACCCAGAUGGUGGGGUGAAGCGGAUUCGAUUGUUUGGGAGGAGGACGGCUACGCUGAAGGAAGGAUCCAUCACCGAGCCGUUCGUUCCGAUCGCAGAUGGAGUGCUGAUGCCCGCGAGCGUUCCGAUGAAGAAAGCGGCGGAGAUGGUGAGAAGGGUGCCGAUUCUCCCCCUGACGAGGGCGGCGUUCGAGCCGUACGGGGCGGUGAUCGAGGCGCAUCUGGAUGGGCGAGCAAGCUCGAACGAGCUCCGGAGCAAAGUCGUCAACUUCGGCACGGCGCUCAAGUCCGACCAUGUUGCGCGUCUGGAGACCAGCGGCGACGAGACGCGAGCGGCGGCGGCUACGCCCAACCUUUGUCUGUUUAGCUGCCAGCCUUGGGAGCCCGAUGUCGUGGCUCCGGGCGGCCAGGAGUGGCGCUUGAAGGGCCUCGAACGCCACCAGUUCAGCUCCCAGACUUUCAUCCCUAUGGCCACUCACACUCGCACGGCUGAUCAAGUCGAACAGGACAAGUUUCUCUCCCAGCCUGAGGGAAAGUAUCUGAUCGUUGUGGCCUCAGAUAGUAAGAUGACCGUCUUGCUGUUCUUCUUGUGUCUUUUGCCGAUAUGUUCGUAUGCUCAAUCUUGGGUUCUCUGGUGUGUGUUGAAAACGCAAGAUGACGGCAAACCAAACUUGGACUCCUUGAGAGCGUUCUUAGGCACGAAAAGCCAGGGGAUCAGCUACUUCAAGAACAUCUGGCAUGCGCCGCUCAUAGCGAUCAGCAACCGGAUGGAUUUCGCGUGCUGGAUCUAUGAGACUGGAGACCCUGAAAUCGACUGUGAAUUGAUCGAGGUCAAGGAUGUGGUCUGUGAAUUGGAUAACUUGUGCUAG